AUGUCGUCGGUCAGCCAGACACCUUCGAGGAAGCGCAAGCAACCUCAUCCCUCUCCGCCUCCCGCGGCCUCUCCGCCUCCUGAUUCCAUUCCCGCCUCCAAAUCUACCGCAAAGACCAAGAGCUUUCGGGCAGAGUGCGCCCUCAGCCUGGAGGGCACCCUUUUCGGUGGCUAUACUCUUGGUGUGGCUGGAUCGCAUGUCCGCUCUGUCCUUCGGUCUGUCAACUCGCGUGACGUCGCCCCUUGGAUGGGCUUGGACAUCGAAUUCCCACUUGGUGCGUCGGCCGAAGAUGACGGCUUUGGCACGGUUCAUAGCCCCCAGGAUCGCCUUUACGACACCCAGCCGUACCAGUUCCUUCGGGUCCUUGUCAAGUUUCCCCGAGGCGGCUUCUCAUUCUCAUAUGGACUCCUCGACUCGUCGGCGCGUCAUCGAUUCCCCGGCGCCAAGAAGGAUCCCUUGCUGCUUGAUGUCUUCAUCAACGACGGCGCAGAAGUUACCGUCGAGGGUCUUGGUAUGCCCUUCGCGAACUCCGACCACCCCGAGAUUGAAGGAUGGCUCAACCGAUUUGAGCCAGUCGCCAACGGAAUGACGCUGAUUGACGUAUUCAACCAGCGCAACUUUACCAUCGUUGUCGAUCAUGGGGAGGAGUACUUUGUGAAACAUUGGAAUGAAGCCAACCUCCGACCCCCCUUCUCCUACCCUUACGGCACCAACCAUUCCUGGGACGAGGACAGAUUCCCCUCGCAAAUACACGACAACAAAGGCCGUCAGUUCUUGCCAGCCUGGACCUACAGCGAUGACAACGCACACCUUGCCGCAAUGAGCCAGUCCCAGGUCCAGGAUAGAUGGUGGUUGCAUGAGGCGGCGGUGGAGAUUUCUCGUCAAAAGCUCCCGGCAUACUUCAUCAAACCUGACCAGGCCGACGGGGACAGGGCACACCUUGCUAUCAUCCCUCUACCAGAGGACUUCCGUAACAGCUACGACUCUGCCUGGCGCCAGCUCACCUCCAACAGCUACCCGCUCAAGCUUGACCUCUACAAGGGCGCCGAGUCCGUCACCUGGGAUGCCAAGAUCCAAGACCGCGACAAGUCCAUCAGGGAUUUGCACAGCAAGCAUGGCAUCAAGAAAACCGACCUAGCCAAACGCAGAGUCGAUUCCGUGUCUAUGUUCCAUCCCGAGGCCGCUCCGUCCAACCCUCUUGCGUUCCCGGGUAUCGCUCCUCCGACCAUGGUCCAGGGAAAGUUGGUAGUCUCAGCUGAGAUGGAGCUCCGCAUGAAGAUCCAUCGUUUGUUGUUUCUGGGCACUGGAUUCUGGCCCAUCUUGAAGGUGGCCCGGACACAACCGCCCGCCGACAACAACAUGGUGGCCCAGAUGCCCAGUCCUCUACCCAUGGUCAACCUUCUCAACAUCACCGACGACGCGUACACCGAGGCUCUCUUGGAAGAGAUUCUUCUCGCUGACCGCCCCAGCUUCCGCAAGUAUCUCGCACAGAGACCCCUCGGACUCGGCGUUAUUACUGGGGCUCCUGGGUUUGGCAAGACGACGGCUCUUGCGCUCGGUACCCUCGCGAUGUCCGCCAGCAUAGGAAAAGUCUACGGCUCUGCCCCGACUCACGUUGCAACCGACAAUUUCGCCGCCCGCCUUUGUACCAUGACUGAGCGCGUCACUGAGCGCUACAACUCGGGAAAGCAGGGCGUUGCUCAUGUUCGCCGCAAGCUAGUCGUUCGUGCCUACAAGGAACACGAAGAGUAUGCCGCACUGCGUCACCUCUUAGAGCACCCCCUUGACUCCGACAAUGCCUUGCAUGACUUGGAUUGGAACGAGACGCCCGAGUGGAAGCUCAAUCUUUCCACGACAUUCUGGCUUCUCGUGUGCCUCCGAUCUCCAGGGGUUCGAGAGCUCCAUGCUGAUGAUAGCGUCACUCUUCACGAACUCCAGGACCACAUUGACAAGCGAGAGGAUCUCGACAGACUCCGAGCUGUAGCCGUCGGUGAUAUAGGCUGGGAUGACUACACGAACGGCACAACAACGCCCAAGGAGGCGCUCGAAGAUCUUUUACGCUGCAUCAUCACUGCCGCAGACAUCAUUUGUACCCCUCCUUCCCUAUCACAUACAGAUCCACGUCUCAACAUGUGGAAGAACUGCGAGGCGCGGGGCAUUGCAGUCGAUGAUGCUGCGAGCAUGGCCCGACCUGAUCUGUACUGUAUCUGGGGCAACACACUCCUCCCGUGUCUGAUGGCUGGUGACGGGAAGGAAUCUGCUCCCAGGGUCUUGGCUCUUAAAAGCAAUGAUGGCGCGGGUAAUGCCAUCAACCGCUUCGGACUAGAUGCCAUGGUUUCAGGCUUGUUGUGGUUCAAGCGCACUGCCUGGCCCGUCUUCCGCUUGCGAACCCAGUUACGAAUGGCCGUCGGCCUGUUUGAAGUCUGCCAGCGUGAAGUCUAUCGCGACCUAGCCUUCAACCACGGUCCCGAUACUGAUAUCAGCCUCCCGUGCCACGGCACUGGCAGGGCCCUGGAGUCGUAUAUCAACACAAAGUACCCAGACGUGAAGCCCGCUCAGACCGGCACCUUUCAGCCUCUCUUCGUUCAUUGUAAGGGCGCCGGAGCCUUCACGGACCCCAUUACUUCCUCGAAAUGGAGCUACGACCAAGUGGAGAUAGCUUUGGACUUUCUCAGCGACUUCGUCAUGACCGCCAAUGUUGAUCCCUCGCAUCUAGCUAUUAUCACGCCUUACCAGGCCAACGUUGAAGCCAUCAAGCAUAUGCGCAACAAGGCCAUGUACAAGGCUCUGUCCCCAAUGCGCCCCGCUGCCACAGUCGACUCGUUCCAAGGCCAAGAGAGCGAUAUUUCAGUCCUAAUCAUGGGCAACACCAACAAGUCAGGAGUCGACUUUGCCGCAGAGCGCGUGAACAUAAUGCUGAGCCGCCAGAGGAGCGGGUUGCUCAUAUUCGGUGACAUAAACUCCGCGGGCAAGGCGCGAAAUAAGAAGGUAUACCACAUGAUGAAAUCAUUGAAUCCUAAACUCAAGCCAUAUUUUCCUAGAGCGACACCGUUCCAGAAUGUACAAAAGUGGCUGCUCGGGAGCGGCCGCGUUGCCACCGUUCAGGUCAAGUCGGAGAAAUCGGGUUUGGAGGGCAAAAUAGAACCGGACAAACAGUCUGAGUAA